AUGACUGAAUACACAUUACAUACCUCGUCGCUUUUUGACCCCAAGGUCAAACGAGUUCGCAAGAAUGUUUCUGUCACAGUUGAUUCCGGGACUGGCCUGAUCGUUCGGGUCUUUGAGCGAGAUGACGAGAAGGUGCCAUUUUCAGAAACCAUGAAGGAGGGAGACAUCGACCUCCGUGGGAAAUAUGUCAUGCCAGGGCUGGUGGACGCGCAUACCCACGUCUUCUUGCAUUCCUACGAUGAGGCCGGGGCUCUUCAGCAAAAGAGAGAUGAGAGUAUGGCAGAGCGGCUGAUCCGUGGGGUCAAUCACUGCCGAAUUGCGCUCCUUGCAGGAUACACGACAUACAGAGACCUCGGCUCAGAGGGAAUGCAAGAAUUUGAUGCAAAUCUACGAGACGCAAUCGCCCGAGGACUGACUCCUGGCCCGCGUCUAUUUGUUGCCACCAAGGUCCUUGCGAGCACCGGCUCAUUUGAGCCUCGCACAGAGAACACCUCCGGAGGUCACUGCCUUCCUGCAGGAGCAGAUGCCGUCGAUGGCAUCGAGGCAUGCCGUAUGGCUGUUCGACGACGAAUUGCCGCCGGAGCUGACAUUAUCAAGUUUUUCGCCGACUACCGUCGGAGAAUCAUGAGAUGCCCCCCCGCGCAGCAGCACCCUUACAUCCCUAGCGUGCUGCAUCCUCCCAAGGAGCCCAAUCCCGACUACCUAGUCUUCUCCCAGGAGGAAAUGAACAUGAUCGUCAAGGAGGCCGCCCUUGCGCGCGCUCCCGUAUCGGCGCAUUGUUGUACUCUGGAGGGCGCGUUGGGGGCCAUCGAGGCCGGUGCCAACACUCUCGAGCACGUUUACUUCGGUACAGAUGACAUGUUUAAGAAGAUGGUUGACAAGAAAGUAAUUUUGGUGCCUACACUUGCAGUCGCCGAGAAGUUGCACGCCCAUCGAUUCAGCGACAUACUGAAGCAGGUCAAGCGGGCUCACGACUUGGGUGUCCGCCUCGCCUGCGGCGGUGACACAGGCACAUACCCCCAUGGCGACAAUGUCAGGGAGCUCGAGCUGAUGAUAGAGGCCGGAAUCCCGGUGGUUGAUGUUCUGGAGUCGUGCACAGUGGGUGGCUGGGAGGCGUGUGGUGGCGAUAUGUGCGGACGGCGAUUCGGGUGGUUUGAAGAGGGCUUGCAAGCUGAUAUCGUGGCCUUUGACGAGGACCCCGAGAAGAAUCACAAGUUUCUCAGAUCUGUCAACUUUGUGAUGAAGGAUGCAAAAAUAUGGAAGAAGGAUGGAAAGCCAGUUGGUAUGUGUUAG